GAAACAGAAAAGAGGUCAUUUUAAGCCACUAUCUGCUUAUACCCAAUCAUUUGCAUAGACUUCCUCCAAUUACCCAGUGGUCACCGUUUAAUGCAACCGGUUUGAUUCUUUUUAUCUGUCCUGCUAGAAUUAAAUCCCGGGAUUUAAUUUAACUAUAGUUAUAAGAUUUUAGCCAUCAUAAAUCAUUUGCAACAGAGGUUUGUAGUUCAGUGUUGGAACAUGAAUCGUGGGUUUGCCAAUCAAAAUCAUCUGUACUCCUCCUCGUAUUCGGUCCUAUCUUAUUAUACUUGAUCACGUCUGAUAGUUUAAUAGUUUAAGCGGGUUCUCAGAAUCCACUAUCACAUGGUUUAUUGACUAAUAUGAACUGCUUCUAAUUUUAAGGUAGUACAUACUUAUUGCAGAGUUUGAUACUCGAGUUGAAAAGUUGCUGUGGGAUUAGAUAAGUGACGUCUUCUACAAAGUGCAAAUAAAGAGGCUAGUGGCAGAUUUUAUACAGUUAUUGUUGACAGUAAUAAAUUAUAGAGUUCAAUUUUAGAACCAUUUUCGCGCUAAUAUUGUCUUACAUACUAUAUCAAUGUCUGCAGAAUGUUUCUUAUGUCGUCGAAAACCCCUGCAAAAUGUUGGAAAUUCAUUUACAUUCACUGUAAAUUCACAAAUAUUCAGUUUUUGCCAUUCUGUAAAAUCGAUCAUAAAAUCCUAGUCCAUAAUGAAGUGGGACCUGAAUGCUCCGUGUUUAAGCGUCAUCUCUGUACAAAUUUCACGCCUUUCCAGAUUUUUCUUCAUUCAGUAACUACUAGGUUUGUUAAGCUUAACACGCCAUAUGCUGACUUUAAUUUUGUUAUCUUUACUUAGUACGUGUCUGUUUAUCUCACAAAUGUUUCAUUAGAUCGCUUUCUGAAUCCGGUUUAAAAGUUAUUAUUUAUAUGGCAUAUUCUGACGAAGACCAAAGUUCCUAUCUAAAGGAUGUCUUCAAAUUUUACAAACACUUAAACUAUACACAUGAUGUUCGCGAACAAAUACGGAGAUACACUGACUCAACUUUCAAGUAUUCACUAGGUUUCCGAAUUCACGUUCAGAUUGUUCAGUGCAGACUAUACCAACCGAAGAUUUUUUCAUAAUAAAGAACUUCUUCAGUCCAAUUGAAAUUAAAGAUUUAUGGCUUGCUGCACUGACAGAAUGGUGUCACUCGCCGACGGCUCAAUGUAAUUUGAGCACAAAUGUGUCUCAUAAUAAUCGGAUUGCUUGUACUGAUCCAUGGUAUUCUAAACUCCGUUGGGUAACUUUAGGCUAUCACUAUCAGUGGGGCGAAAGAAGUUUACUGUCCAACAUGGAAUUUGAUUGGAAUCUUGACAUUUUUAAUACAGCAGUAUUUUAUACCAGCUAAAAAAUUUCCCCAAUACUAUGUUCAGAUUUACAAUGAAUCUAAAGUUGGUGAAUUUCCAUCGUUGCUGUAUGGGACUACAGUAAACAUUAUCAACUUCCUUAAGCAUUUAAUUGAAGAAGGAGAGAUUUCUUCUAGUUCAUCUCGUCUGUUGGAACAGUGCCGAAAUUACACUCCAGAAGCGUCAAUUGUGAACUAUUAUCGAACAAAAACAACCAUGGGCUUCCAUUCUGAUGAUGCAGAAAUAGAUAAGGAAGCUCCUUUGGUUUCGAUUAGCGUUGGACCCACUGCAUUAUUCUUACUAGAAACAUCAGAAGCCAUCAAGCAUGAAUUCGACCUUUCAUUGCAUGGGAGUUUUAACCGAGCAGCUGACUAUGACCACGUACUACCGAUUUACCUUUGUCAUGGUGAUGUAGUAAUAAUGGCUGGUAAAAGUCGUCUGGCUCGUCAUGCAGUCCCAGUAAUUUUCUUCGAUGAUGAUACAGAGGUUGUGUCGAAAGGAGCUCUUCGUGUUAGUCAUGAUAUUUGUGAAAAAUUUUUAAAGCAAGAUCAUAAUGAUGAUGCGUGUACACAUUGCCAAGAGUGUCUGACAUAUAUUAGGACUACACGUAUAAAUAUGAAUAUACGCCAAGUAAUGCCUGUUCAUAGAUAACGCGAAUGUUGAUAUUGUUUUAUUUUUCAAUUAUUCAGUAAAUUUUACUAUACGAUACAUUUUUAGUACUACAAUAAAUACCUUGUCUUUCGAAA